UCACCACAGCUAGCAGCUAUCUAACGUGCCCGAGAUAUUAAUGAAUUAAAAAUGCGUUUAAAUAUUCCCUCCGUGACUCUAAGGUCCUGAGCGUUUGAACAAUUUGUCGCUCCGUCAGCUCGCUGUAAGGAAUAGCUCACGGUCAUGGAGAAAACGUUCACUCAGUGGAAGAAGCAGUGUCUGAACAAGCUGGACCUAAGUAAGAAGGGCAGUGUGGACCAGGACAUUGAACAUGUAGUGUCUCUUCUAAACAGUUGUGAGGAGUACUUCACCACCAGCUCCUGCUCCGGGAGAAUCAUCCUCAUUGACGGGGCUCCAGAGAGUGAUGUCCAGAAACAGAAUUGUACUUGGCUGUUCGUCUCACACCAAAAAUGCACAUCUGAUGACCUGGUGUCUGGGCUGGCCAAGUCCAGCAGAGAUGCUGUGUUGAAGUUUGAACCCUUCGUGCUCCAUGUUCAGUGUCGGAGGCUGGAAGAUGCACAGCUUAUGCACUCAGUGGCCAUCAACUCAGGGUUCAGGAACUCUGGUCUCACUGUCGGAAAGACAGGAAAGAUCAUCACGGCAAUCCGUAGCACCCAUGGCCUGGAGGUUCCUCUGAGCCACAAAGGAAAGCUCCUGGCUGGACACGAGUACAUCAGUUUCCUAACUCAGACAGCCAAUCAGAAGAUGGAGGAGAACCUCAGACGGAUCCACAGGUUUUACCAGAACCUCCAGUCAGCUCUGACCACAGAGAAACUACAAAAACUACAACUCCCAGAUCCUCCCAGCUCACAGGAACUCCAACAUCCCCCUGACAGACUGGCGACAGAGAAGGAAGAGCAGAGCAAAAGAAGUGUGUAUAAACGGAGGCGGAAGAGAGAGCAACAUAAGACUGACUGUUGCCAUGGUGACAAGUCCAGCAGUGUGCAAGAGCUGGACGACUGUCUGGAUCUAUUUACAUGAAGUGGUGGCUCUGCGCACAUGCUAACACACUCAGUGUGUCACCAUCUGGUUAAUGGUGUCGCUCUUUUCUGAAUGUUGAAACAUUCAGAAAACAUGCUGAAUGCUCGUCUACAAUAUAUUAAAUUAUUAUAUUCUACAAAUAUAUUAUAGAAUCACUUUAUUAUAAGGAAUAUCAGCAGGUGACCUGAGCUACACAGCUACACUUCUCUGGAGCAGGUUGAAGUCAGAGGACUCAGCCUGUCGACAGACCAGGCCACUCACUGGAAUAAUAAACAUCAUUUCUACAACAUAUGACAAAUAAUAAAAAGCAAUAAAGAUA